ACUCCACCUCUCCCUAAGUAAAAAGUCCUCCCUGGUCUGGUUGUGACUGCCCUUUCUGGCCUCUGUCCUUGCAGAUGUAUUGUAGUCUUUCAGUGGUAAACCACCUUCACCCAGGAUGGGCUGCAGACCCCCCGGCUUGCUGUUUCUGACUAGCCUGCUACACAUCUGGCAUUGUGCUGGAGGACAGGGGUCAUACACCAUAGAUACUGUUCGCCUCACAAUCGAACCCAGGAACGCAGUUCAGACCGGGACAGCAGUGAGGCUACGCUGCCAGGUCAGCGUCAGUCACAGCAACAUCCCUAACCUGAUACACAGUUUCCAGCUCACACGGGACGAUGUUCCUAUCUACACCAACAACGCCACGGAAGACACGGUCGAGUAUAAGAUCAACCCAGCCAGAGCUGCCGACUCUGGAAAUUAUGAAUGUCGAGUCUCAGUCAAGAACAAGGCCAAAGCCAGCAACAGCCAGAAACUGGAUGUGAAAGGCUUGCAGACCCCGACCCUGCAUUUGACUACUUCAUCGCCCUAUGAGAACGAGGAGUUUAAAGCCACCUGCAGUGCUCCAGAGGAGAAAGGACCCCUUAUUUUCCAGUUUUACCAGAGCUUUAAGACCGGAUCCCCUGAGGUCAUAAAGCAGUUGUCACAGGGGGGCAACUCAUCAACGGCUACACUGAGACUGAGUCACAUCGGAAACUGUAUCCUCUACUGUGACUAUGAAAUCCGCUUGGUUUCCGGGAACCAAAAGUCUAACAGUAGCAAAAAGGUUGAACUCAUAGUCAAAGCACUCCACAUCGCCCCCAUCAUAAAUAUACUUCCCUCCAAUAGUCUCUCUGAGGGUGAUAUAAUUGAAGUGGUCUGCAGAGUUGUCAAUCCUCCGAGCAACACUGAAGUGUUCUUGACAAAAGACAAAGUGAUCCUCAAGCAGGUCAGAGCUGCAGCCCUGAGUCAUAAAUUCACUGUACGAGAGGAUGACUCUGGAGAGCUUGUGUGCAAAGCAGAGUGGGGCAGCGUGCAGAAAGAAACCUCGCGAAGAAUCACAGUCAGAUCGCUGUUUUCAAAGCCACAGCUGACUGUGGAGCCCACAGACAUAGUUGAAGGAGACCACUUCAAAUUGACCUGCUCUGUUAGCAUUCUUGAUUCCAGUAAGAUCAACAAUGAAACCAUGCAGUACUCCAUCUUCAAAGAUAAGACUGAAGUCGCAAAUACUGCCACGUAUAUGACUGUGGCACAACUUUCUGCAAGUGGCAACUACACCUGUAAUGCCACGUCUGAUUCUCUGACACGCACUAUUGUGAAGGAGAGCCAAAAACAUUUCGUCAAGGUCAAAGUUCCUGUUUCAGAGCCUGUGCUGUCUGUGGUGGGAGGUACGCUGUUUCUGGGAAAGCCCUUCCAGUUGAGUUGUUACAGUCAGAGAGGCACUCUGCCCAUCAAGUACACCCUGUAUCAACCUAGUAAACCAACCGACAUAAAAGUUGUGAGCAAGCGCGGUGAAAAGGCUAUCUUCAACCUCACAUCCAUCACCCAAAUAUCGGACAUAAAAAACAUUCUUUGCCAUGCAAACAACAGUCAACUAAAGCCUCCCACGGUGGGAACAGGAGAGCAACUACUAAAAUCGUCCGACAUCAUAGAACCUGUGUCAAAACCACACUUGACCACUGAGCCCAGGAUGGAGGACAUCUCUGAGGGUUACAACAUGACUCUUGUCUGUUCUGUUCAGAGAGGUAGUUUUCCCAUUAACUUUACCUGGUACAGUCUGGGAAAAGGUUUCCUUGAUUCUAAGACCUCCAGGAAACUGAAAGAAUCUCACAGCAUCAGCAAUGUCAAAGGAGAUCAUGCUGGAGGAUACUUCUGUGAGUGCACAAACCCAGCUGCAGAGCCCAAGCAAAGUGCCAUCAUCAUAAUUGGAGUGAAGAUGGCUGGCUGGAAGAAAGGUCUUAUUGCAGUCUUUUGCCUCCUCUUCGUAAUGGCCAUCAUCCUCUUUCUUUUCUACAAAAAGCGUCUCCCCAAAUUAAAGAAAAGACGCACCGGCACCCUAUCAGUGAAGGCAGCCAGCACCAAAGUAGAGCGAAUGAGCCUCACCCAGGCAGAGGUCAACGAAGCCGCAAAUGCAACUCCAGGCAUGAUGGGGAAAAGUAUUUGGAGUGAACAUGUAUCAGGCUCGGAGUCUGAUGACAACUGUAGUACAAACACUCUAGAAAAGCCAGAAAUUCAGUACAAAGAGGAUCAGCUGCGACAGGCAGAUCCCAGCAGAGUUCCGGUGAAACAGGGCACAGACACAGUACACGGUGAAGUACGCAUCUCCCAGCAAGGUGUUCAAGAGCUGGCUGAUGCUGCGUCUGUGGAAUAUGCAGAACUGAAUCAUGAUACCAAUCACCAAAGCGACCCCAGUGACCACGGUUACCACAGUGACCCCAGUAACCAUGGUUACCACAUUGCCAAUGAUGACCAGCUAAAUGACAAUAGUGUUAGCAUUAACUGCGCUAACAACGAGGAAUGAAACCCUGACCAGAUACCAGGCGCAGCAAGAAUAUUUGUUCCCGUAUUUAUCCAGCUUGUUCAUGUGGCUCAGUCUUUGUGCUCAUAUGUUUUUUAUAAUGCUUUGGAAAAACAAUCCACACUGUACAUGUACUUGCUUUGUCCUUGUUGGCUAAAUACAUGGUUUUGUGAAAAAAGUCUCUCUAUUUUUGUCAAUUUUUUUAAUGAAAGAAGAAAACACAUUCAGAUGUGCGUCUUUUGAACUGUAAAGAGGUGUUUCUCAUCAGCUGAGCAGGGUCCUUGAACUCUUCAGUUGUCUGGUUUGGAGUACAUUCGGUCUUCACUGCUGUUUGCACAUCAGUGAUUUCAGCUUGAAGCACUAGAGGGCAGAGUUCAGGCGGCAGCGCUGCGUGGAAACUCAGUGCCAUCUGGCUGUGAUCCGCUUGAAUGUGAGAGAGGCUUUCACUGUUGCCUCCACAUCAGGAGAUAUCAGUUUCAUUUUCCAUUAUUUAAGAUUUAAUUGGAAUGAUAUAACAUGAAUCUAUUCAAGGUCUCCAUACAGCUGAUAUGUUUUUUUAGGUCAGUCAUCUUAUUAACACUGUGGGAAGUUAUGCAAAUGCCCAAGGCUUUGUUGAGAGCACAGCAGAAACAAAGCAUGCAUGCAGUAUGCAUUGCGGUGUUUGGACUCUAGUAUUUGGAAUAAGCUGUUAAUUUAUUUUUCACUCCUGGAAGAAAAUAAUGAGAGUCAAUAUCACUUUUGGAGCUACACCAGAUUUUUGUUUCAGCUUUUGAAAGCGCAAACAAAUUUAUUAAAA